AUGGCAUCCCGCCCGCCCUACGAUCUGCAGAAACCCCUUAUCGCUUGGAAUUUUUUUCUCUCCGUCUUCAGCAUCCUUGCGGUUUAUCGGGGUAUCCCUGAGGUGUACCGAAGCAUUCGACAUGAUUCCCUCUACCACUCGAUGUGUUUGGGAAUGAAUCUAAGACACAAUCCAGUGGUUUCUGUCUGGGCCAUCUUGUUCGUGGUCUCCAAGGUCAUCGAGCUGGGAGACACGGCGUUCAUCGUCCUCCGGAAGCAGCGUCUCCUCUUCCUUCACUGGUAUCAUCACAUCACGGUGCUCUUAUACACGUGGUACUCCUGUGCGCAGGGAGUCCCCACGGCCCGCUUCUUCAUCAUCCUGAAUGCUCUGGCCCACGCCUUCAUGUAUCCAUACUACACCGCACGAGCAGCGAAGGUCCACGUCCCCCGCCACCUCGCUAUGGCCAUCACCCUCUUCCAAAUCACCCAGAUGAUCUUCGGCAUCUACGCUAACGCCUACGCUUACUUCGCGAAAAAGGCCCACCUCCACUGCGAGACUCCGUGGGAGAACAUCUACUUCUCCGCUCUCAUGUACCUCUCCUACUUCCUGCUCUUCCUCAACUUCUUCGUCGACGCCUAUCUCAGACGCUCCAUCAACAAGAUGAAGACCUCUGCCGCCAAGGGCAAGAACAUCGGGGAAGAACUCACAGAUUACCUCAAAAUCAAUUGA